UAAGCCUAGAAGCUAGAACCACUCGAGUUUUGCGCGGGAAAAAAACAGGAACAGAGUUAACACAGCUACAGUGGGUGUGCAUCGAACGCAGUAUCCACUCACCGUUAAUGGCUGAUUCCACUCCCACUGCAACUCCUUCAAACGACACCGUAUCAUCCUAUUUCCAACGAACGGUCACUUUGUACGAUUGGUGGUUGAUUAAAGCCAAAAACGACUUCCAAGGAAAGCGUUUAGCCGUCGCUGGUGUCUCGUCGAGAAAGGAUGAGGCAAUGCGCGUGUUUGUUUCUGCUGCUGUUAUCAAAAGAUAUGACGUGUUUUCUCUCGAGACUGCAGACGGGAUAUGCGUCAUGAUCAGUGGAUUCAUCAAUGAGCAGCGCACUCUCGAAAAUGGUUUUGCCGCUGAGGUUUUCAACCGUUUUUUAUUUGGCUUUCCUCCAGACUGGGAAAGCUAUGCUCUAGAUUGCUUCAGAGAAGAAUCUACCACUGGCACUGAUUUAGGUAGUGCUGUUCCUGAUAAUGUACCAGCUAGUUCUCUAGAAAUUUUAUCUGAUGGCGUGGAAAAUUCCAUUCCUACUUCUUUGGCAUCACCAAAGGAGGCCCCGGGAGAUCACGAGAAGUCAUUCCCUGGAAAUGAAUGCAAUGUGUCAAAGGAGAUGGGUGGGGUUAAUGUUGCUUGUAGUAGUGGUGGGAAAAGACGUAGUGCCAGGUUGCAUGAUAUUAAAGUACACCAGCAGAAGAAGAAGCCUGCUUCUGGAGGGUCUCUGAAGAAUCCAAAUAAUGAGAACUCUACGAUAGUGGCCUUAGAGAAUUGUGAUGUAGAGGGACUGAAAAGUCCGGUGACACCCAUUCAGUCACAAUCAUCAAGACAACUAAGCACAUCACCUGGGCAGCUAGUUAAAAAAUCUGCAUCCAGAAUUUCUAGAACAUUGUCACCAAAGACUGAAGGCUGUUAUAAGAAAAAGAGAGUGACAGUUGAAAGAAAAGUGGGCAGGCCUAAGGGAAAACUAAAUAAAUCUGCAUCUGCUGUGAAAAAUCCGCAAGAAAAGGAUCUAAGCCACUUGACCAAGGGAAGCCAACAGAAAAUAUCCACAGUUACUCCAGAGUCGCCGAGUUUCAGAAAAUCCAGAUCCGGUAGGUUGCUUCUACCUCCCUUAGAGUUUUGGCGCAAUCAAAUACCAAUUUAUAAUGCGGACCACGAGAUUACAGAAAUUCAGGAUGGUGCAUCUCUGAUAUCACCUUGUAAAGGUUUUUCACCAUCAUUGAGUAGGUUUAGCAAUCAGAAACGUGGAGCGUGAUGCAGGAAAGGGAGUUAAAUGUCUGAUUCAUGUCUCUUUUUGUGGUGAGCGUUUGGACAACAAGGGAUCAGGUCAGACAGAAACAGUGGAGUUGGGAAAUGGAGUGUUCAUUCGCACAUGUGUUGGUCACAAAACGGCGCUACUUGACAAUUGACAUGAUAAUUUUCUCCAACCUUCUUUGACCGUUUGGUUCAACGUAACUGUCGUUCUUUCCGAAGUAACUAAGGAAUUACUUCUGUUUUUGGUGUCUCAGAAUGCACAAAUGGCCGUUUAGAUGCAUUGGAAUUUGUAGCCAAGGUUUUAAUGGGGAAACAAGCAUGCACUUUGUGUUGGACGUCAUUUUCUAUGAACCACCUUUGUUAUUCUUUGAUUUGGUCAUUGAAUAACUUAUAUACCCGUGACGAAA